AGAUCGAAAUUUCUUUAGGGCGAAAUGUUUGACAGCAACAUGCUGUUUCCGGUAUUUUGUAAACUAUCAAGGUAAUUUAUUUUAUUGCAGUUGACACGUCUUAGACGAAUUAAAAAGGCUGUUUAUCAUUUUCACGAGUUUCUGAUAUUUAGUACAUUGUAUUGUGAAAAUCACAGCUUAACAAAGCAAAGAUGGAUGACAUAUCAAAGGACAAAAGGUUUGCACAUGUGACCAAAGAUCCGAGGUUUCGUAAAAUGCCAGUGGGACAGAGAAAGGUCAAGAUUGAUGAUAGGUUUAAAGGAAUGUUUAAGGAUAAAAGAUUUAAGCUGAAAUAUUCUGUAGAUAAAAGAGGCAAGCCAGUCAAUCUCACAACUGAUGAACACCUUAAGAAAUAUUAUGAGUUGUCAGAUGAAGAAAGUUCUGACAGUGAUGAAAACAUUGAUGACAAUUCAAAUGAUACUGACCUAGAUAAACACAGUAAUAAAGUUCAAGAUGCACCAAGGGUAAAGAAAAGGACUACUAAAGAGGUUGAUAGUGGUAAAAAGGCUCUCAACAAAAAAUCUGUGAAGAAAGUCUCGUUGAAAAGCAAGAAUAUUUCUAAUGUAGGUGAAAAUGUAUCUGACUCAGAUAGUGACAUUGGUUCAGAUAGUAAGAGAACAGAUACAGGUAAAGGAAUUAUCAAAUCAAAAGUCCAGUCAAAAUUUCUCAAUACUGCAAAUAAAGUCAAUAAAGACAAAGGGAAGAAGAGGAUUUCUGAAGACAUUGAUGAUGAAUCAGAUGAUGACUCAGAGGAGGGUUCUGAAGACAAUUCUUCAGAUGAAGAUUCUGAUAUUGAGGAGAGAAAGACAGUGGGGAAUGAUAGUGGUGUAGACUUUGCAAGAGGUGAAGGAAAUGUCUACAGUAGCUCUAGCGAUGAUGACGAUGAUGAUGAUGGUAAUGAUAAUGAGAGGGGUGGUGAAAUUGAUGACAAGGAUGUUUCAAAGUUUGAUCAUAAAUGGGGAGAAACAGAUGAUACUGUUAUAUCUAUGGAAGAGGCUACAUAUCGUCUGGCAGUGUGUAAUAUGGACUGGGAUAGAAUGAAAGCCAAGGAUAUCUUUGUGCUCCUGAACUCUUUCAAACCUUCUAAUGGAAUUAUCAAGUCUGUCAAAGUAUACCCAUCAGAGUAUGGUAAGGAAAGAAUGGCAGAAGAGGUGAAACAUGGGCCUAAAGAACUGAAAGAAUUAAAUAUUGACAGUUCUGAUGAAGAUGAUGAUGUAGCUAAUGAAGAAGGUACAAUAUACCACAGGGAGAAAUUACGUCAGUACCAGCUGAAUAGAUUGAAGUAUUAUUACGCUGUUAUAGAGUGUGAUUCUAUAGAAACUGCUGAUCAUAUAUAUAAGGAAUGUGAUGGUUUAGAAUAUGAAUCAAGUGCAACUAAACUAGACCUCAGAUUUAUACCAGAUGAAGAAACAUUUGAAGAGAAUGAUGUGAGCAGUGCUUGUAUGGAGAUUCCAUCCAAUUAUAAACCCCAGUUCUUCUUCAAUGCAGCACUUUCACAGUCUAAGGUAGAUUUAACAUGGGACGAGACAGAUCGUGAACGAGUGCAAUUAACAUCUCAGCAGUUUACCAAUAAUGCUAAAGAGGUUGAGGAAGAAGAUCUCAAGGCUUAUUUGGCUUCAAGCUCAGAUGAAGAAGGCACUGAUUAUGGUGCAAUAAUUGGAAACAAUGAGGAUGAUGGAGACAGUGGCGAUGACUCUGAUGAUGAUAAAAACUUGGAUAAAUACAAGAAGCUUCUUACUGACCUUAAUUCUCAGGAAAACAAGAAGAAACAUGAUGUUGAAAUGGAAAUAAGCUGGGAACCAGGUUUAAAAGAAGCCACUGAAAAGAUUGUUAAGAAAAUGAAGCAGUCAAAGAACAGUACAGUUUGGGAAGAUUAUCUACAGAAGAAAAAAGAGAAAAAGAAGAGUAAAAUUGAAGAAAGGCAAAAGAAAAAUAGAAAUAAAGAGGGCAUAUCAGAGAAGCAGGAAUCAGUAGGUUUAGGGGAACAAGCAUUCAGUGACGAUGAUUUACCAGUUGAUGCAGAUAUGGCUUCAUUUAUGGCAGAAGAAACAUCUUCAAUUAAAAAGAAAAAGAAAAAGAAGAAGAAAAAUAAAAAUGAAGACAAUAAAGAGGAAGAUUCAGAGACUGUCAAGAAAAAGGCAGAGUUAUCAUUAUUGAUGAUGGAUGAAGGAGAUAACAAGAAGCAUUUUAAUCUACAAGAUCUCAUGCAAGAAGAUGGUAAAAAGAAAAAGAAGAAAUUGAAGGCUAAAAAAUCCAAGCCAGAAGAGGAUGACUUUCAGGUGAAUGUAGCUGAUCCACGAUUUUCUGCCAUGUAUGAUUCCCAUUAUUUCAACAUAGACCCUUCUGCACCAGAAUAUCGCAAAACUCAAGGGACAGAGGCACUCAUUACAGAGAAAAUUAAAAGAAGUGGGAAAAGAGAUAAACAUAAAAUGACAGUGUCCGACAGGGAGGAGGAGCAAGUGAAGAAACCAAAAUUAAUAAAUAAACAAACUACAAAUGAGGAUAAUUUAGCCUCUUUGAUAAAAUCGGUGAAAAGUAAAACAAAACAUUUCCAUAGCAAUAAGUCAAAGAGAUAGUAGAUACAAGUUUUGUUAUAUUGUACAUAAAGGACUAAAUGUAUAACAUACUUAACUGGUAUUGUUAUUUUGGAAUGAAAUUUAAAUUGCAGG